GAGAGAGGGAGUAAGCUGGGGAGGGGCCGAGAGACAGGAGAGGUAGGGAAUCCCAAACCGGCUCUGUUCUUUCCUGAUGUGGGCUCAAACCCACAAACUGCGAGAUUAUGAUAUGAGCCAAAACUGAGAGUCGGACACUUAACCAACUGAGCCACCCAGGCGCCCCAGUGACUCCUUUUUUAUUUUCUCCUUUUUAACAAAACAAAACACAAAACCAUAAAGCCAUAUGAUACCUAAACAUUAACAAUCCUUUUAUUAUCAGAUACCUGCUUAGUACCACCAUAUCUUUAUGCCCAGUUUCUUUUAGUCUGAUGGUAUGGGAAACAAAAGUUGACAAAUCACUCAAAGAUGACAAUUCACAUUGGUAACCAAGAUGUAGUACUUUUGUAUGAAUUACAGUUUUUAGUUUGUUAACUCUGUGAGCAAGAAGUCUUUCCUUAAACCAUGAGUACUUCUUUCUGAUAUUUGUUGGCAUUUGCAUAUACCAUAAAUAGUGUAGUAGUCUACUUCCUUUAAAAUAAGGUGAGCCUCAUUCUGGGGUUACCUUCUGUUUGAUUUAUGUUGAUGUGUUUAUUUGUUUAAGCUUACUAUUUUAAGGAGUUCUAGAAGAUACACUUAAAGACGAGACUCCAAAUGACAAUUUACCGGGUAUCUAGGUGGCUCAGUCAGUUGAGUGGCUGCCUCUUGAUUUUGUCUCAGGUCACGAUCCCAGGGUUGUGGGAUUGAGCCCCAUGUCAGGCUCUGCGCUGAGCGUGGAGCCUGCUUAAAGAUUCUCUCUCCCUCUGCCCCUCUCCCCUCUUGUGCUCGGUUUCUCUUUAAAAUUUAAAGAAAAGUGGGGGGGGGGGGGAAAUGAAAAUUUAUCUACAAAUUUAUCUACAUGUCGGAUAGAACAUGCUGGUAGGGAUAUUUACAUUUUGGUUUUUUUGUAAGUUGGGGAUGGUAAUUUUGCAUUUGCAGCAAUAAUUUCCUUAACAUUAAUCUCAAUGUUAAAAACGAGAAUCCACUUACAGGGUUCAGAAAUCUUCCACUGGCAAAAUCAAGUUGUUGCUGUUUGAGUUCUUUCACGUUGAUUGGGUCAUUUGGAAUGCAACAGAGCCAGCUAAAGUUUGUGGGAAAAGAGGGAGAGGAACACACAAUUGUUAACUCCUUUUCUCCUGUAGUCUUCUUAAUUUGUGCAGAAGACUGUGGUGUAGGGUAUAUCCUAUAGCACUUUGUAACAUCAGAAGGAAGCCUUGCUCAAGAUACACAGAGAGAACACCCUGUGAGCUAAGAUUCCACCAGUACUCAGGUGUAAGAAUGCAAGUUUGUUGUCGGGCACAGAUUAAGUUUAUGAAGGCUUAGACAUCAUCACCAACAAGGUUUCUGCCCAAGAGCAGAGAAUGUGCCAGCACCACAUGAUCAGCUUUGUGGAUCCUCUUGUGACAAAUUACACAGUUGUGGACUUCAGGAACAAGGCAACUGCUCUGAUUGAAGAUAUAUUUGCCCGAGACAAAAUUCCUAUUGUCGUGGGAGGAACGAAUUAUUACAUUGAGGCUCUGCUCUGGAAAGUUCUUGUCAGUACUAAGCCCCAGGAGGUGGACACUGAGAAAGUGACUGACCGGAAAGUAGAGCUUGAAAAGGAGGAUGGCCAUGCACUCCACAAACGCUUAAGCCAGGUGGACCCAGAAAUGGCUGCCAAGCUGCACCCACAUGACAAGCGCAAAGUGGCCCGGAGCUUGCAAGUGUUUGAAGAAACGGGAAUCUCUCAUAGUGAAUUUCUUCAUCGUCAACACUCAGAGGAAGGUGGUGGUCCCCUUGGAGGCCCUCUGAAGUUCCCUAACCUUUGCAUCCUCUGGCUUCAUGCUGACCAGACAGGAGCUCCCACUCCAGUGGGGUGCAAACAAGAUAGAUCCUACAUUGUGAUAAAUGCUGGGCUAGAAAGUGCUGUGAGGCCACAGACAAGGGAUGAUGAGCACUCUUCUGGGGGCAUCCAGGGACCCAUUUUUAAAGUUCUAGAUGAGCGCUUGGAUAAGAGAGUGGAUGACAUGCUUGCUGCUGGGCUCUUGGAUGAACUAAGAGACUUUCACAGGCGCUAUAAUCAGAAGAAAGUUGCAGAAGAUAGCCAGGACUAUCAACAUGGUAUCUUCCAAUCCAUUGGCUUCAAGGAAUUUCAUGAGUACCUGGUCACUGAGGGAAAAUGCACACCAGAGACCAGUAACCAGCUCCUAAAGAAAGGUAUUGAGUCUCUGAAACAGGUGACCAAGAGAUAUGCCCGGAAGCAAAACCGAUGGGUUAAAAACCGCUUUUUGAAUAGACCUGGUCCCAGUGUCCCCCCAGUCUAUGGCUUAGAAGUAUCUGAUGUCUCGAAGUGGGAGGAAUCUGUUCUUGAACCUGCUCUUGAAAUCGUGCAGAGUUUCAUCCAGGGCCACAAGCCUGUAGCUGCUCCAGUAAAGACGCCAUGCAAUGAAAUGGAGAACAAGAGAAGUUAUCACAUGUGUGACCUCUGUGAUCGAAUCAUCAUUGGGGACCGUGAAUGGGCAGCACAUAUAAAAUCCAAAUCCCACUUGCACCAGCUGAAGAAAAGAAGAAGAUUGGACUCAGAUGCUGUCACUGCAAUAGAAAAUCAGAGUAUUUCUCCAGACUGUGACAAAGAGCUUAAAGAGAAAGGAUCCCCAGAGCAGAAUGAGAAAGAGGUGAAAUCCCGUGUUUAAGAGACAUGUCCCGGAGCCUUUGCACAGAUACUUUUAUAGAUGACGGAAGUCUUGUGAGCCACAGAUCAGGAGUUCUGGAUUUGAGUGAAUGGCAGGAAAGGACCAGCCCCAGUGAGAAGAUUAAGUGAACUCGACCAGUUCUUGGAAUUCCACAGAGAAGGAGAGAAGGAGGUGGUCGUGAUGUGGUGCUUGAAAACUAAAGACUUCAACAUUUGUUGCACUCUUCCUGUGUGAUAAUUACUGUCACUACUAUCUUUCUAUUGGCUUAGGAGUCUAUAUAUUUUUUGAAAGUUAAAUAAAGAAAAAGUUCCCAAGA